AUGAACCCAUUUGAUGAUCCAAACUUGUUAGCAUAUUUAUGUACAAUUGCUUCUACUGCUCAACAAAAGUACCCUUCAAAUUCAAGUCCAUUUACGAAAAGUUCAGAUUGUCAAAAAGAAUUUACAUUGCCAACCACCAGAUUGGAUUUAAAUGCAACUGACCACUUGUGUUUCCCAUUAGUCGAUGAGUCGGAUACUAGUGAUCUAGAGUCGAAUUUCAAUUAUCUUAAUAAUUCGAUUAAAUUAGAUAAUUCUUGUACAAUACAAACACCUAGUUGUAAACCUAACAGCGCAUUAUUUUCAAUUAAAGAUGCCUCACAUUCUGUUAUCGAACAACCUAAACUGUCUACGAGACAAAAGGAAAAAGUUGAUCACUUUGAUGAAACAUCGUUAUAUUCAACAACUUGUAACGGAAAGUUUUCACAUGUUCAUUCCAGUCGAAAAUUACCAUUUCAGUUGAAAGACUGUAAAUACUGGUCAAAAUCAAUGUCAUCUGCAGAUUCGAACAAUCCACUUAGUGAUAGUUUAAUGCAGGAGGAAGUAGCAAAAAUGGUGAUGCAUUUACAAGACAAUGAUUCGUGUACUUCACAUCAGCUGGAAAAUCCUCUAAUUACAUGCACACCAAGUGCGAGUAACUCUAUUGCUACUAGUUCGUCUGAUGCGACUAUUACUACUACUAGCACUACACUUACUACUGUCAUUCCAAAUGAGCAAAACACUUCAACUUUAAAUAGUGAUGCCAACUGUGAAUCAAUGACAUCCAUUACUGAGGAUAUUGACGAUCGUUCACCUAAUUGUCAUUCUGAAGUAAAAUCCGAUACAGAAGAUGUUUAUGAAUUCAUUGAAGCAAAUGGUAAAAAGUAUCGACGUCAUUUUCAACGACGUGUUGUCAUUGAACGGCAUAAAGUUAGAGAAAUUAUAUUAGCACCAUCACUUCCAGAUGGUAUGGGACCAGAUCUUAAUCGAGUUACACUCAGCCGACCUGAUCAGAUAGAUGCUAAAUCCGUCAACAACAAUAGUAAUAAUGAGGUUAUUCCACCAAUUGAUACAUUAUCAUUAAAUAACUCUUGUAACUCUUCUUUAAAUCAUAUCAAUGCAUCGAACUCUCCUGAAUUUAAACCUCGAUUCGGAAAAUGUAAUAUUUCCUGUAAUAAUGCUGCUAAUGGACGCAACGAUUGUCUGGAUCAUGACGAUUUAGAAGAAUCCCAGUUCACCACCGCUGACGCUGGACCACCUAAACCAUCUUUACCGAAUGAGAAACCAUUGAUUAGUUAUAUGUUUCGAUUCGGAUCAUCUGAUUGUGACAAUCCAGAUGAUGAACGACGUUUAUCUGAUCGAUUAAUUGAUUUUUUCCGUGAUCAAUGGUUAAAAGAAGAGUCUGCAGCAGGACCACAUGAACGUAAAAAAGUUAUUUCUUAUACACAAAGUUAUACACAACCUACAGCCAAUGGUGAUUUUAUUCAUAAAUCAACGUGGAUUCAACAUACAUGCACAGUUCGAAUGGUUGGAGGUCUUCAAGGAUUAAAAGCUCAGGCUAGUCGUAAUGCUGAAAUGAAAUUACCUGAAAUAUUAUCAGACGAUGAAUUUUCAGAUAAAAUAUCUUGUAAUUCACUUACUUCAUCAUCCAACGAAAUAACAUCAUCUUUAACUGAAGAAACAGAUUUAUCACAACAAUUAAAAGAGGAUUCAUCAGAGUUUAACCGUCACCAACCAAAAAUCAUUAUUACCAGUGACGAAACAGAUGAUGAAGAAAUACGUGAUAACCAUAUAUCUACAGUAACUCAAGAAAGAGAAAUUUACACAACUCUACCUAUCGUGGAAGCUACUAAUAUACUACCUAUCCUAAGUCUUUUAAAAGCAAACGAUUAUUUAGUAUGGGGUGAUCGAAAUUCUCUAAAUGAUAUUUCUGUACAUGCUGGAUGUAUUGAUGCUUUAAUAGUAUAUAUAACAUCAUAUGGCCGUAUGUCACCAUCAUAUUAUUUAUUUUUCGAAACAUUUCUUUUUAUGUAUCGUUCAUUUAUGACAUCUGAUGAAUUAGUGAAUCGUUUGAUAACGCGUUAUCAUUACUUUAGCCAUCCUCCACGUUAUUUAUCGCAUUUGACAAAUUUAUCUCAUGAGACCAGAUCUAAAGUGUGUACGUCUACUGUGUCAAUUUUAGUGACUGUGGUUACACGAUUAAGACAUGAUUUAAAUGAUAAAUUGCUAGAAAUUCUUCAAAAUUUCGAAGAAACUCUUUCACAAGACGAAUAUAAAUCACUCAGUCGAAUUUUACACAUUACAAUUUUUCGUCAGUCACAGGAAAACUUACAAAUUCAUUCUAACUCAAUAAACACUGAGUUAAUCAAUAAUAAUAUGCGUAAAUCUGAUUCAUUUCUAUCAAAUAGUGGUCGAACCUCAUCACUAGGCGAUGUAUCAUCCGAUCAAUCCAUGUUAAAUAGAAUUAAUGAAACAGAUCAAUGCGUUGAAUAUAAUGAAAAUGUUGGAUUUAUUACAUUACCAAAGACUAAAUCUAGACGAUCACAUGCUUUGGAAAAUGUUGAUCGUUAUUCAGUGAUUGAAUCGACAGAAAAUGAUUAUGUCAAUCCUUCUUCUGCGAUAAAUUCACUUCCAACUAAAAGAAUCUUGUUGAGUACAUCAAAAACUGAACAACUUACCUAUUUAGAAUGUUUAAAUUAUUAUAAAAUUAAUGUUUUUGAACUGCUUGACAUUUCAAAACUAGAGCAAGGUAAAGCACCUGGUGUAGCCGCUUGUGCACAUCAUUUUACAAUGCUUUCUAACUGGGCCACUUAUCAAAUUUUAUCCUUGACAAGUGCAUCUGAUCGUGAUAAGGUCGCAAAUCGUUUACUGGAUGUUAUGGAACACUUGUACAAACUCCAAAAUUUUAGUUCCUACCUGUCUUUACUUUGUGCAUUUCUCCUAGUACCAGAAGCUUUGUUUUCUCGAAAAACACUCAGUCGUCUUAGUCGGGUUACGCCGUACAUGCAACCGCCUUACUUUUCAAAAUAUCGUCGUGACUUAGAAGCAGCCAGUCCACCAUUAAUACCAUAUUUAGGUUUAAUGCUGCAGAAUUUAAUUGUCCUAGAUCAGGGUAAUCCAUUGUUUUUAAAGACUCUUCCAAGUCAAUUAGUUGAUAAAUAUCAAUCAUGUCAUGGCCCUAUUAUAAACUUUUGGCGAUGUUGGAAACAUUUUCUGAUCAUACACGUUUUUGUCAAACAAGAGAAAAUGGAUCCUGAAAAAUCUCGUUAUUCGAUCCGUCCUGAUAUGAAAAUCUUACAAUUUCUUGGCAAUUUUAAAAAUUCUCUACCUGAAUCAGAAUUACGUCUCUUAGCUAAUCGUUUACGUCGAAGUAUUUCAUAAUUUCAUCAUUUAAUUAUAUUACAACAUUUAUGUAACCUAUUGUUUGUUACUAAUCAGCUCAUGUG